AUGGUCUUUCCUACAAACUACUAUCCAUUGGCCAUACCUUCGUUUAUUCAAAAGCUACAGGUACUGCGAAAAUACCAUGAAGUCACGCGUGGCCCCUACAAAGCCGAUGGUCUCUGGCUACAUAGCGGGCUUGGCUCGCUGCUGACGCUCCGACGCGUGUUCGUGUAUUGCGGAGCAGCUGAUACUUUCGAGUCCAGGAAGCUCAGAAAAACGAAGCAGUCGACAUGCGAAAUGAGUCAGGUGCGCGAAAAAGGCCGUGAUAUGCAAAAGCCUGGUCACCUUCUUCAUGGAUGGUACAAUGACGGAUCGGACCGACUGACGAGGACUGACGCUGAAAAUACCGAAUUAGGCUCGAAGGCUGACGAUGUUGGUGAUGCUUUAUGGAUGAUGGCAGCCUGG